AUGGAUACCAAGGUGGACGACGAGAUGCAAACCAGAAUCUGCCUAGCACGGCAAAUUCGGAAGGAAAUCGAACCCACGAAGUUGUCAUGUUACUAUGGCAUCUAUAGAGUGGGCUUCUGGACCAUUCUCAAGAUGCUUGAUAUUGCUCAGCUUCUGGACCUCUUGCACAAACUACAAACUCUUCCGAAGAAGAAGGAGAGGAGAGCGCUCCUAAAUAUCCUCGAUUGUUUGCCGAAUACGUUCCCGCAGCUUAUCAGACUAUUCAAUGGGUACCUGCUGAAGAGUCAGGUAACAUGGCGCUUUGGCGUUAUUCUCAACUUGCAAUUGAAUAAACAAAGCCUACUAAUAGUUCCGUCUCAGGCACGCGAUCGCGAUGGGAAUUUAUGCAUUGCUACUGGAGCUUUCGACCCAGUCAUUUGUCACAUUGUCGCUCCCAUCAUCUGGCCCCCGGGACUGAGCGGCCUUAUCAUAUCUAUCCAGGUUUCUGGACUCUUCGGAUGGGGUGAAGACUUUUACACCAAGCUCAGAGCAAAGCUCCUGCAUAAGGAGGAGGGUAAUGGGAGUAUCACGACCCUGAUGACGAACAUGAUCUGUCUCGGUCGCCGGUUGGAACCCAGCUGGUCCGAAGGACUCUUUGCUUUGGAGCCCAUUGAGCCACUCGACGACGACUCCUCGUCCAUGGCGACAAUGCGACUGAGGGUUCACUGGCUGAGACGGACUCGGUUUACGUGCAUGGCAAGCAGGAUUGGAAAGUCUUUCUCCGCUGACCCUCGCGAUGUGUUCGUUAAGGAGGACCAUCAACUCUCGCCCGAUCAAAGAUGGGUCCGUUAUCGAAAUUUCGGCCGAUAGCCAGGAGCAGCUUCCAGAUAGGGACUUGCUUGAAUUCAGGUGGCUGCUUAUGAGACUUCACGCAUUAUCUGGGGCACCGGAUCCCCGCAUCUACCCU